AUGAAAGCAGAGGGAGAGGGGCGCAAUGUAAAGUGGUAUAGCAGUGGAGGCUCGGGAAUCCAUCCAAAGGGCCUAUGUUCCGUCGUGCGCUCCCCGCCCCGAGGCCCUUCCGACCGUGCAGAAACGCCGCUCGCCGCGGAUUUUUUCACCUUCAAUAGGUCGUCCACAGUCAUCGCUCACCGUCUGCUACCAUCUCGCGAAAAUACCGAAGAAUUAGAGAGUUGCAAGCUGACUAUUGCUGCGGCGUCGGCAGCUGAGUGCGGUGUGACGGCCUUGGCCUCAGCGGAGGCCGAGACGAAUGAAGCGCCUCUCCAGCUGCUCGCAGGGUUGUCAAAUGGCCAGCUAUGGCUACUCGAGGUAAAGGAGCAAGAGCAAAGGGAGAUCGGGGGACAGAAGCUGCCACGUUCCCUCACUGGCUCAUCAAAGCAGCUUCUAUGCUGUCGGAUGGCCGAGCCAAUCGAUAUUGCGUGCUGCUACGUCACCAGUAAGGAUGACACAGGACUGGCUGACGCAGACAAGAGUAAGGAAGGCCUCAGCAAAUGGAUUCUAAUGGUGGUCGUGCUGUAUAGCGACGGAGUUGCCGUUGCAUCAUGGCCAGACAGAAACCAAACAACGGAAUUCCCCGUUGUGGAUGGAGGGUGCCGUCUCACUCUGUCCCCCCGAGGCGACCAUGCAACGAUCAGCACCAGGAAAAGGCGCCUGGUCCUGCUUAAGCGUGAUGGGUGGCAGUUUAGCGUUUUGAAGGACUUCUCUCCGCUGAAGCUUACAGGCCCUGCUGAGCCGCCACCUCAACCUGCUUGGGUUAAAGAGGAGAAACUGCUGCUUCCGGGGGCUCUGCAGCUCCGCUGUUCAUCCAGAUCAAGUGCUUGGGAGGAAGCAACUGAGGCGCCGUCCUUGCCUCAGACCGAAGCCGCGUUCCCUUUGGCUUUUGUUCAGCACUUUGGUUUUAUUGCCGAUGGUAGAGUAUCUGUCGUACCCAAUGAGGGGGAAGGCGAACCACUGAUAUGCGGUGUAUCCACCAGGGGCACCAUAUGCGUUUGGAGGAUGCAGGAAGAGAAGCCGCUUAUGACAAUACGCAAUGAAGGAAAGGCGCAGUUGCAGGGUAUUUGCCUUCUUCCCGCCGUUGCUCCGCUUGCCUGCCUAAUGCUGCUCCGAAGUGAUGGUACUCUUGGCUUCCUCUGCCUGUCCUCUGAAGACCUGUGCAGUGCAGCUCGUUCAGCGGCACAGGCUGCUGUCGCCUCACCCACUGUUGACAAGCGGACGAGCCAGAAUUCGAAGACUCCUUUGGCAGACGGAGAGGAGGUUGAGGGUGCGAAAAGCAGCAAAGCAUCUGCAAGUUCAGUCGAAGCAUUCCUGAGUCGGGAGGCUGCGGAAGCCUCCGCUGAAGAAUCGGAAAACGAGACGGAGGGGAAUGAACUUUUUGACGGAAUGGAGGCCGAGGAGAGAACGCCCCCCAAGAAACACAGUCGGAAACGCCGGAAACGGUCGCUAGCUGGAGCUGAAGAGGAGAGUGAAAGUAGUGGCACUGAGACUGGGGGCUUUCACCGGACGUCAGUAGACGGAGAAGGGCUUGACGCUGGGGAUGCUGAAACUGUCGCAUCGAGCAUUAUUGCUCUACGGUCCGAGUUGCGAGAGGCUCAGGCAAUGAUAAAUUCACUGUUCAAGAGGCAGCACUAUAUUAAACAGCCGAUUGUUCAUCCAGGUGGUAGAGCUGGUGUUGUCUUGGCUGCAUCAGGCUCCAAUCACAGCGUCUUAGAGUUCCGGACGCUGCGCAUCUUUACAUUGGGAGGGACACUGCUAUACACAGCCGAUGUGUUUGGGAAGCCCGUUUCGCUAUGUGGUUCUCAGCAAUUGCUGAUCGUUGUGACACAAACAGGGAGUAGUGAAGGGUUCUUGCAGCUGUAUUGCUACGUGCUACAUGUUCAUCCGAGCCCAGCGUGCGAAAAUGCCACUUUUCGUCUGCCAAUUUCUUGUUUAAAGAGGCGAUUGGCAGCUCCGCCUGCCGCAGCCGCUUGUAUUCCGGAAGUGGACAUUAUUCAUGAAGGUUUCUUCGACGUGGGGUCCCCACUAGAUUGGAUCAGUGUUUCUCCUGGAGGAAUGCCCGCAGUAAAGGAUACUUCGGGAAUCGUGCGCGGGCUGCUACCGGUUGCCUCCACGAGUGUUGGAGGGCUGUCAUACGCAUUCAGAUGGGUGAAGCUAUGCUCGCUUAGGGAAGCAUCAGCCACGGCGCCUCUCUUUCCAAUUAUUAUCGACGAAACGAAAGGGGAAUUGGGUGUCGUCCGUCUAAAGGCGAAUGAAGAAGGUCUCUCCUUUCCUGAUUGUUCCGUUGCCGAUGCUUUUUUCGGGUACACAAUGGAACAUAUCCCUCUCCGCAUACCUUCGCCAGACCUCUGGAAAUACGGUCGGUGGCAGAGGCUUCUACGGCAGGAUAAACAACUCAAAGGGGUUGGAGAUGGGGGAGGGGAUGCCGCGCUCGUUCCCUGGCCGCAAUAUGACGAGCUGAGGUUUCAACAGGAAAUGGCCAUCAGACAACUAAAUCAUUUUGUCAGCAUCUGUGGAGGGUCAACCGUUGGUGGCGCCGAAGGGGAUGCUGAGGCCAGGGAAGCUCAUAGAAAGCUUCAGCUUCUUAGCAAACGGCAUGACAAAUACUGCCUGAGAGGCUUCGCUAAGUGUACAGAUGACAAAAGGCUUCAUGGCGUUGCCAAGGAAAUGGCGCUGAGACUGAAAAACGAAAACGCCCCCCAGCAUGCUCGUUCACUUCUAGAUUCAGAUACGCGGCUCCAAGCAGAGCAGCUUAGAGAGGCCCUCUUGUGGCAAGAGCAGCAACGCCAUAGCUUUGGUGCGAUUGCAACAGCAGCAGCAGAGACAAAUGCAGUUCAGAAGGAAAACUGUUCGCCUCCACAGGACUCAUUUAAACAGACGGAACAGAAGAGCUCGACUUCUGGAGAGGCAUGCUCUACAUUACCUACCGAGAAAAGAUCAAGCAUUCAGAAAUUGAUCCAGUGGCAGCAGCUGCAACAGCAGCAGCAACAACGGAGAGGCGGUGAUGUUGGCCUGGCUAUGCUAUUCGACGGCCAGAAACGUAGAGCAUCUGAGUCGGGACUUGACAGGGCGCAAAAAAAAUCGUACUUCCAUAAGGCAGACUAG